AUGUUCUCUCAAGGAACUGUCUUGGUCGGUCUACUUGGCCUCAUUGACAUCUCUGUUGCGCAGUCUUGUGCCAUUGAAUGGGCUCAAUGUGGAGGUGUCAGUUGGACCGGGGCAUCGUGCUGCCAGACAGGGAACUCAUGCGUGUUUGUUAAUAGCUACUACUACCAAUGCCAAACGGCGACGGCUACAUCUUCUAGAAGUUCUGCGACAAGCGCGAGCACUACAGUAGGACCAACAUCUACAAGCACAACCAAGACAUCAAGUGGGCCAUCUCUAUAUACUACAACCAUUGCAGUUUCAACUACAAGCCACGCCCAGUCUCCUUAUCCAGUCCCCUCAGCCUCGGGCUCUUGCGGCUCCUGGUCCCUAGUUGACAAUGUGUGCUGUCCUACAUACUGUAGUGAUAUCUUAACCUCUGAAGACUGCAACUACUCAAAUGCCUCGUGUGGAAGUUGUAUUAGCCCGCCUGCAGCAGACUGCAAGUCCGGCACGAUGUACAACGAGACACUUUCGGUAAAUCAAAAUGAGGGUUGGCACUACAGUCGAUCAACGCAUUUCGGGCUCACCAGCGGCGGUGCUUGUGGCUUCGGUCUCUACGGCCUGUGUACCACCGGAGGCGCAGACGCAAGUUGGAUUGAUCCAUGGAUCGAAAGCACUUGCAGUGCCUUCUGUACAGCGUAUCCACUUUUAUGUCAGGAUCCUACUUCUACUAACCUUACUAUGCGUGGAAAUUUUGCCGCUCCAAAUGGCGACUACUAUACGCAGUUCUGGCCCUCGCUUCCAGGUGAUCUGGACAACUAUCUCUCCUGCGGAGAAUGCUUCGAGCUUGUUCAGACAAUGCCAAACGGCACUGAGUAUGCAGUUGGGCAACCAGGCUACACACCGCCAAUCAUUCUCGAAGUUGUUGAUAGUUGCCCAUGCAAUGCAAAUUCAAAGUGGUGCUGUGGCCCUAAAGCAGAUCAUUGUGCUGAAAUCAACUUCACGUACGGCUGCCCGCUCCCAGUUGACAGCAUUCACCUUGAUCUCUCUGACAUUGCGAUGGGCCGACUCCAAGGCGGUGGUUCUCUCGCCGCAGGGGUCAUCCCCACGCGCUACAAACGGAUACCAUGCCCUGUCCCAGGAAAUGUAUAUAUCUGGCUACGUGACGGCGGCGGGCCAUACUACUUUGCUCUCAGCGUCGUCAACACCUAUGGCGUUGGAUCUGUAACGACUGUAGAAAUAAUGGGCUCCGGUGACACGACUUGGACAGCUUUGCUUCACGAUCCUAACUAUACGUCUUCGAGACCGCAGGAACGUUAUGGUUCGUGGACUAUCCCUCAGGGGAGCGGCCCGUUCAAUGUCCCGAUUGGGAUGCGAAUUACGAACCCGGCUGGACAACAAAUUGUGAAUAUGAAUGCCAUCAAGUCGUUCGCGGCUCCGGCUACAGCACCAUCGGGGUGGAACUAUAUUGAUUUGGGAGUGCAGUUCACUAAGUAA